AUGGCUUCGACCAACGCCUCGUUGCCGUUCCUCACGCGCAACCACAGCAGCGGCAAUAUCCAUGGCAGCCAAAAUGGGCCGUGGCCCAGCCGCCGUACCUCCCUCUCCAACUUCCCCGCCUCCAGAUCUCCUUCUCAGAUGUCGAAUUAUUCACGGCCCUCGCGUCCUCCUCACCCGUCCAUCGCAGAGGCCGAUCACUCUUCCGACCAAGGCUCCAAGUCCAAGACACCCUCCACCGGUCUCUCCUCCCAACACUCCUCCCUCUCGGCCCCCCCCAGGCGAUAUAACCCAAACGCUCAUCCUGCUCGUAAACUGCGGCCCCAAUAUCCCAGAGGCUCCACCGAGAAUCAUGUUGAGUACAUAUUAGUAGCAUCCUUCGAUAUCGACCGCGGGCCCGUGAUGGAGCACCAGUAUCCUGUAGCCAUCACGGGUGACGAGCACAUGCUAGCCGAACUCAUGCUACCAGACCAGGCGCACGUCCGCAACCAGGACUGGACGAUAUUCUUCUUACAUAAAGACACGAGCCAGGAGGAGGAAGAAGAAGAACGAGCAAAGAGAGAAAGGCGACAGAGACGAAGACAGAGGAAGCUGAACGCAGCGGCGGGUAUCAUUAGUGAAGAGUAUGAGGAGGAAGACGGUGGCCAAGGUGGCGACGACGGGGGCGACGACGACGACGACGACGAAUCAACAGACAGCGAGCCAGAAGGCGGGGAGGGACCGCCCCUGGUUCAUGUUCUCAACCUGGUUAACACGAAGCAGGAUAAGACGGUAAAGAGAGGUGCCGUGGUGAAGGCCAUGGCCAUAUGCACGCGCCAUCCGUUCCUACAUAUUUACAAGCCCCUGUUGCUGCUUGCACUAGAAGAAUACUUUAAGUCGCCCGUGCCAGAAACACUGGCCAUGUUGUACGACGCCGUUAAUGCCAUGGAUCUGUCGCUCAUGCCCAAGUUGAGUUUACUUGAAAGACAUCUGUUAUUAGCCAGCGACGACAAGGACCUCUUCGUGGAGAAAUUCGAACAAAUGAUUGAAAUGCGCCUCGCCGAAGACCGCGGCGAGCCGCUCCCCGAGCCAUCGCUGGAUGACAGCCAACAGCCCCCGAAACGACCAGACAUCUCGAGAGCGGGAACGAAGGAAUACAUCGAGGGCCAGGGGCAGAGCCAGUCGAAGUACUCGGUUCCCCGGGACACGCACGAAUUCGAGAGCAAGGUCAUGUACAAGGGCAUUCCCAUCCCCAUCAAGGUGCCGGUCGCCAUCAUGCCGGAGACGGUGGGCGACUUCUCCCUGAUCAAGCUCAUCCAGAAGUUCUCCGAGCAGCACAGCAAGUCGCCGCAGCCAUUCCCCCUGCAUCCGCACCUCACCACCAACGGCCCCAACACACAUCCCAUCGUUGUGCUUGUCAACGCCCUUCUCACGCAGAAGCGCGUGAUCUUCUUGGGACAUAACAUGCCCUCCGGGGACGUGGCGGAGGCCGUGCUCGCCGCUUGCGCCCUAGCAUCCGGGGGCACUCUGCGCGGUUUCACCCGGCACGCCUUCCCGUACACCGACCUGACUAAAGUGGACGACCUGCUCCGAGUCCCCGGCUUCAUCGCCGGCGUCACGAACCCGACGUUCGAGAUGCAUCCGGAAUGGUGGGACGUCCUGUGCGAUCUGCCGUCGGGCCGGGUCAAGAUCAGCAGCAAAACCGACCCUGCCGCCGUGACCGAAGGCAUGGUGUAUUUCCAGCAGCAGAAUCCUUCGUUUGCCGGGCUGGUGGGGGGCACGUCCAAGGUCUCGGCGGAAACCGACCUGACGGGCGACGCGGCCUUUAUGCGGGAGGUUUUGAAAUGCAUCGCCGCCCGGCGCGGCGAGCGCGUCAUCCGGGCGAUGUGGAGGGAUUGGGUCAUCAAGUUUACCCGCAUCGCAGCCGCCUUCGAAGAGUCCGUGUACGGCGCGAGUGCUCUGUACAUUGGCGGCGACGACGCCGAGACCGGGUCAGGACCCGGGGUAGUAAGCGGGCACGGCUAUGUGUGGGCAGAUGAGCAGUCGAAGCAGAAGGAGCUAGCGGGCAACGUGACGAGGAUUGAGGGGUGGAGGAAUACCAGGAGCUACUACAGCUUCAUUCAGGAUCUUGCGCAGCUCUACACAGUACGCCCACUCAAAGGCCUCGACCUCCACCACAUGCACGACCGGCUACGGACGCAGCGGCUGAACCCGGCCCAGAGCAAGGAGAUCUACAUGGCGUUCGCCAAGCACGUGCACACCUACGACGAGAUCUGCCUCCUGCUGACCGUGGCGCCGGAGUCGCACGCCGGCCUGUUCUACGUGGCGCUCGGGCUCUUCCACAAGGACCGCGAGGUGCGCGUCUACACGGCCGAGCUGCUGGACCGCAUCAGCGAGCACGAGGCGGGGAAGCGGUGGUGGAAGUCGCUCAGCCGGUUCGAGAAGCUGGCGUACAUGCGCGUCCGCAAGGAGAUGGAUGGGGAGAUGAGAGUCAAAGGCGGCCUGAGCCCGGAGCUGGAGCGGAGGAUUAGCUAG